AUGACAAUUCUGAUUCUCUCCCGAGGAAAUUGUGGCCUUUCAAAAUGUAUCUCUGUCUACAUGGUGGGCAUGGCAGUAGCAGAUCUAUUCAUCAUGGUCUUCAAUGUGAUAGUGUACUUGAUAUUUAAUUAUCACUUUCCAUAUUCCUUUCUGUCUUACACUGCUGUAUGUAAGUUUGUCUUGUACAUAACUUUUGUUACUCUACAUAUGUCAGUGUGGUUCACAGUCACAUUCACGUUUGACCGAUUUGUGGCAAUCUGUUGUCAUGACUUUAAAGAAAAGUACUGCACCAAGAGAAUUGCAACUACAGUUAUGGUAACAUCUUCUGUCCUGACUUGUUUAAAGGGUGUUCCUAUGUUCUUUUCAUAUGAAGCCGAACGAAUAAUUAACAAUGUGCAAUGGGGGUGCAGGACAAAAGCAGCUGUUUAUACAAUGCCCGCAUGGUCAGUGUACAGUUGGCUGCAGUCAACAUCAGUAGUUUUGCUUCCUUUUGCUCUCAUGACCUUGUUUAAUUCUUUGACUAUCAGGCGUAUUUUAUUGGCUAACAGAACACGCAAGGAUCUCCGAAGUAAAGGCAAUGAGGUUCAGAGUGAUCCAGAGGUAAAAGGUCGGAGGAAAUCCAUCAUAUUACUCUUCACUGUGUCAGGCAGCUUUAUUCUGUUGUGGUUAACAUCUGUUGGAAGUUUUGCAACCACUCGACUAUCAAGCAGUGUUUAUUAUCAAGGUGAUUACUCAAAUCCUGGAUAUAUAGCCACGGAAACUGGAUAUCUGCUUGAGUAUUUGAGUUCCUGCACAAACACAUGUAUUUACGCAGCAACCCAGAGGAAAUUCAGAGAAGAGCUGAGAAAUAUUCUGAAGCCUCCUUGCUAUAAAUUUCUUGAUUUUUUUUUAAAGAUAGUGAACACAAACCUCCCCCAGAAAAAUGUCAUCUCAUAA